UGAUUUGCCAGUCUUUCAGAAAGUUUCCGGCUGAAUGGUAAAAGGGGAGAUCGUAGAUACGAUGAUUUUGUUUCACUUAUGCACAGUGGUCUGCCUUGACAGCAACUUCGCCGAAAUAGAGGAAAUUUUGGAUAUGAGAAUUUUCCAUCGUAAAUAAGUAUUUCGAGCAAGAUCAUUUUAUUUAUCAAUAAAUAAACAUAUUCAAUGAAAACUGUAUUUACAACCGAUUUUUACUAAACUGCAGUUGUACGUGAAUUAUGGCAUACACAUUAUUUUCUUGACAUUGACUUUCUUUUGUAGCUUUUACUUAAUUUACAUGUUUACAUAACAAUAAUUGACAAUAAUUUAUUGAACGAAUGUUAUCAGCAGUGAAAAUCUUUAAAAAAAAAAUACUGAUAAGAAGGUCAUGGUCCCAUGGAAUAUAUCUGAUAUUCCUUGGUGGAAAGCUCCCUGGUCUGUAUGAAGGUCCAGUGUUACGUAGAGCAAUAUGGAGAUACACCCAGCUCUGGUUGCCACUCGCUACACAACAUUGUUACCAGGUGUUGUCUGCCCCUCUGGACAUCCAGUGGGUGUGGCACUGUCACAUGUUGUCUCCGGUCCAGUACAGCGGGACUGUGAGCGCCUGUACCAGCACCGCCAGACAUGCCGUACUGGACUCCUACAGCUACCAGCAGGCCCUGCUCAUCUCAGAAAGUGUGUGGAAUCAGAUGUAUCCUGACCAGCCUUUUCUGGUUGAUCUGAAUGAUGAGACUUGGCAGGGUCCACUUCCACAUGACCUCAGCUAUAACCUUGAAGCUGCAGCGGGAAGGCAGAGGGUGUUCUAUUACCAAGUCUCAUUACCUCAUUAUCUUGAUGAAAAGUUUCUGAAGAAUGCUUUAUCGCGCUACCAGAAAUUCUUGUUUUUGAAAAAAAGGAAUCCUGGUGUGUUUCUCGUACCCUGUUAUGACAUUGAUCUGAUGUGGCAUUCUCAUAUGAACUUGCCUUUGAUUUACAAAAACGUUACACAGAUAUUACUGGGAUCGGUAUUAAACCAUGAUGACUCUGUGAAUGAUAGAAGUGAAGGAUCAGCACUGAAUUUUUCAUACUCAAAGACCCGACAGCUCUGGAAGGCCGAGUACGAUGAACAUUUCUCAACCUAUGGUGCCAUGUUUCGAGGCAUACCUCCUAACGGAAGACUAUUGAACCAAUCAGAAAUGACUAAUCUCAUUUCUAAGGUUGUUCAGGUCACCCUUAAAAGAGUUCAGAUUAUGGGUAGUGGCAGUGACCACUUGGGGAAGUUUAAAUUGGUUUUCCUGGAAAAAAAUCAGUUUUGGUCAACGUUGAAUGCUUACGGGAAAAAGACACUAGUUGAUUUGUCAGAUGAACUGUUAGUAUUAAAAGGUCCUAAUCUGAUUUGGGAAGAUGCAGGCUCAUUUGACAAGUCAGUGCAUUGUAUGGAUUACCAUGAAUUACAUGUUCAGCUGAAAGAAACACACUCAGUUUUCUUCAUGAAAAAGAAACAUCUGGUCCUGGGUGACUGUAAUAUUGCAAUUGAUAAAUUGGCCUAUAAACUCAAAAACGGGCAGACAGAAAUACAGGAGCAGCUGACCCUGGGUCUGGACACAAAUCUCCAGCUGAGACUGGAUAUGAAGGUGACCUUGAAACAGUUGGGGAGUGUAGAGCUACAGUUGGUUCCAGGGAAGUAUGAAGACUGUGUGAUGCCCGAGGAUGCAGCCCAGUUGUGGGGUCCGAUUGUCUUGCCUCACCUGCCAACAGGGGUGGUGAAUACAUGUUCUGUUGCUUCUCACAGACUUCGGGGUCAUGAUGGUCAGACAGAGUUCACAUGUCGAGUUGUUCACAGUCUGCCUCUGCUGAUGUCAGCUGUGCAGAUCUUUCAGCAUGAUCGCAUGGUUGCCGUGGCUCACCUCAUUGGCUCAGACCAGAUACCAAAACCAGACGAGGUACAUGAUGGCAGCAAGUGUGUAACAUUGGAGCCGAAGACAGGGGAAAGAGCGAUGGUCAUUAAGAAUAACACUGGAGACUGGGCUAUCAUUAUUGGAAGAUGGGACGGAUACAAGAUUGGCAAGCCAGCUAAAAGAGGUAGCACUUCAAACCCUGGUAAUGCAGGCACCCCUGGAUGUCCCGGCUAUCUCACCCUGCUUCUCUACAAGGUGAGAACCAAGAAGUGGGAGCUCCAGUCACUGGAGGACUCGUAUCUCACUGAGGAGUUCAAGUUCUCCAUUGCAGCGCUAAACAUUAACAUGAAAACUGGCAAAAUUUCAAUCCAAGGCAAAGGGAAAGAAAUUGCAGAAAAUUUGGCUCUGGCUUUCUGUGUGUCACUUUUGCAUGUAUUUCUACAGCCACGGCCAGCUAACUGGGAACCAGGGCAGACACUGGAACCAGAACUGAGUAAACGGGGUAUUCGACCUGUCAAAUAUAUCAAAGCUGAGAAACUUGCGCUGGUUUUGGCGGCAGGAAUACUUAUUGCCACUCCAUCGAAUUUCUUCAUAAGGAAGAACAUGAGAAGUGGUCAGUCAGGUUUUGGUGGUACUCAUAGACAUGGUGGUGGUAACCACAUCUUGCAUGAGCAAUCCUCAAAUGAGGCGCACAAUGUGGCAGGGGCCAGGGGACUAUUCGUUGGGGGUGAAGGGGCAGAUGGAACGCAGUCAGGAGACUUUCUUACACAGUUGAUAGGGGGCAGUGACCAUGAGCAGGGCAACUCAGCUGGUGUGGACACACUGCUGGAUGCUUUAUAUGGAACAGAGGAACAAUCUGAGGUUGAUGUCAGCAACCAGUUGGCAGGUCUGGAUAUUUCAGACAACAACAACGAGUCCACAGGGUUUGGUGACAGUUAUGUGGUUGAAGCUUAUCAAGAAGUUUUCAAUACCUUUUUAGGCGAUGAAGACUUAAACCUUGAGAGUUGUAAGGUUGACAAUAGUGAACAUGGGGGUGACUUUUAUGAUAAUGAUGUUUAUCAAGAAGAUUUCAACACCUUUUUAGGCAACGUAGAAUUUAACCCAGAUAGUGGUAGGGCUGAUAGUGGUGGAGAUGUGGGUUGGGGCUUUGGUUAUGAUGACAGUGGUGCUGGUGGUUGUGGAGGGUGUGGGGCAGGGGGUGGGGGUGAGGGAGUGUUUGGUGUGGGGGUGGGAGGUUCGUUUGGUGAGGUAGGGGGGUUCAGCCCUGGGGGAGGGGAGUCUGGUGGUGAUGGUUGUGGAGGGGGUCAGUGCUGGUUGGAGGGAUUCAGUUCAAUUGGGGAAGGGGGAGGUGGGGACCUGGGAGGGAGUGGGUGGGGGGAGGCGACGGUGGUGGUGAUGGAGGAGGUGGAGAUGGGGGUGGUUGUGGAGGGGGUUGUGGGGGUGGUUGUGGUGGUUAGGGUGAUGAAUUAUCUAAAUACAGGUGGUUAA